AGGUUGUUUGCAUAGCCUAUCGAAAAAUUUCUUCUGCGUUGUUUUAUUUGAUGAGUUAGCUUUCAGUUUUGAGUUUGAGAAGGUGGUAAUGAUACACAUAAAUUAUAAUAAUAAGGUUUUGUUAUUCUCUUAUCUCAAUGAAGAUAUGUUGCCUGUAAUGUGAACGUACUCGCGUAUUUGUCAUACAUUUAGCUGCUAGCUUGGGCUAGCUGUCCGUACUGUGUGUUAGUUUCGCCAACUUUGUUUUGUUGGAGUCGCGUUUGUUUGUCACUACGCCACAUUUCUACACAUUGGGUCCACUAAGAGUUUCGGAGAAUGCUGGCGACGGGAGCAGCUGUAACUAAUGUCACAGCCCUGGCCCAGGUGGACCGGGAGAAGAUCUACCAAUGGAUCAAUGAAUUGUCCAGUCCAGAAACCAGAGAAAAUGCCUUGCUGGAACUAAGCAAGAAACGUGAAUCUGUGCCAGACCUUGCUCCAAUGCUCUGGCACUCUUGUGGCACCAUUGCUGCACUGUUGCAGGAGAUAGUGAACAUCUAUCCAUCUAUAAAUCCACCAACACUUACAGCUCACCAGUCUAACAGAGUGUGCAACGCCCUGGCACUUUUGCAGUGUGUUGCCUCACACCCUGAGACACGGUCAGCUUUUCUUGCAGCCCACAUCCCUCUUUUCCUUUAUCCUUUUCUGCACACUGUGAGUAAAACCCGGCCGUUUGAAUACCUGCGACUCACCAGCCUUGGAGUCAUAGGUGCCUUGGUCAAAACAGAUGAACAAGAAGUGAUUAACUUCCUCCUCACCACUGAAAUCAUUCCACUGUGUCUCCGUAUCAUGGAAUCAGGCAGUGAACUAUCAAAGACGGUUGCUACUUUCAUACUGCAGAAGAUUCUGUUGGAUGACACAGGCCUGGCCUACAUAUGUCAGACAUACGAACGAUUUUCCCAUGUGGCCAUGAUCCUUGGCAAAAUGGUGUUGCAGCUCUCGAAAGAGCCAUCAGCUCGUCUGUUGAAGCAUGUUGUGCGCUGCUACCUUCGCCUGUCAGACAACCUCAGAGCCAGGGAGGCCCUGCGUCAGUGUUUGCCAGACCAGCUGAAAGACAGCACCUUCGCCCAGGUGCUGAAGGACGACACCACCACCAAGCGCUGGCUUGCACAGUUGGUCAAGAACCUGCAGGAAGGCCAAGUCACUGAUGCCAGAGGCAUCCCACUGGCUCCACAGUGACGGAGACAGAGUGUGCACUGGCAGUGGACUCAGGAGGACUCUCUCAUCACUGUCUAGAUUUUGUAUUUUGCCAAAUGUGGUGCUAAGACUGUCUGCAAAGUAAAGGGACUUCAUAACA